GGACCAGGACUAAGGCUGGGAACCUCUGGCCAUCCUGGGGGGACCAAGACUGGACUUGGGGACACCUGGGGACACUUGAACACCCCAGGAGCAGAGUCGAGCUCAGAGACCCCUGGGGACCCUCCCACACCCAGGUGUGGGGGGAGCCCUUCCGCCCCCACCAAAUCCCCCAGAGCCCCGGCAAUCGGCUCGACCCGGCUCAGGGGGCCGAUUAGGCGCUGAGCCCGGUUUAGCCCACCCUAAUCCCCAAGUUUGGCUGGGCUGAGCCCUGAUCCCCCCUAAGCGGCUUUGGGGGCGCAGGGUAUAUCAGGGGGGCGGGCGUGCCCCCCCCCACCGCCGCCAUGGACGAGGACGAGUUCUACCUGUUCAAGAACCAGUCAUCGGUGGGGCCCUGGGAUGGGCCCCAGUACCACAUCGCGCCCAUGUGGGCCUUCUACCUGCAGACCAUCUUCAUGGGCGUGGUGUUCGUGGUGGGCACCCCCCUCAACGCCAUCGUCCUCAUCGUCACCGUCAAGUACAAGAAGCUGCGGCAGCCGCUCAACUACAUCCUGGUGAACAUCUCCUUCAGCGGCUUCCUGUGCUGCAUCUUCAGCGUCUUCACCGUCUUCGUCUCCAGCUCCCAGGGAUACUUCAUCUUCGGGAAGCACAUGUGUGCCUUGGAGGGCUUUGCGGGGGCCACUGGAGGGCUGGUGACAGGGUGGUCCUUGGCCUUCCUGGCCUUUGAGCGCUACAUCGUCAUCUGCAAACCCUUCGGCAACUUCCGCUUCAGCUCCCGCCACGCGCUGCUGGUGGUGGCGGCCACCUGGGUCAUCGGCAUCAGCGUGGCCAUCCCCCCCUUCCUCGGCUGCAGCCCGGGCAGGCCCGAGGCGUCCCCGUCCCCGUCCCCGGCGCAGGUGGCGGCGCAGCAGCAGGAGUCGGCCACGACGCAGAAGGCGGAGCGGGAGGUGUCACGCAUGGUCGUGGUCAUGGUGGGCUCCUUCUGCCUGUGCUACGUCCCCUACGCGGCGCUGGCCAUGUACAUGGUGAACAACCGCGACCACGGCCUCGACCUGCGCCUCGUCACCGUCCCUGCCUUCUUCUCCAAGAGCGCCUGCGUCUACAACCCCAUCAUCUACUGCUUCAUGAACAAACAGUUCCGCGCCUGCAUCAUGGAGACGGUGUGCGGGCGGCCCAUGUCGGACGAUUCCGAGCUCUCCAGCUCCGCUCAGCGCACCGAGGUCUCCUCCGUGUCCUCCAGCCAGGUCAGCCCCAGCUGAGGGGCUCUGGCACCCCCCCAGCCCCCGAGACCCCCGGCUGCCCCCCGGGACCCCCGGCUGCCCCCCAGUGCCCCCUCUGUGGGGCUGGCACUGCCCGGGGGGCCCGGGGGCCCCGGCCAGCCUAGGAUGUAGCGCGGGUGGGACAAUAAACCAUGGCCGCGGUCU